AUGGUGCUGCGCACAGACCGUCCAGAUGAAGCAUGCUCGUCUGAAUUACACCGGCUACAGGGUGGCCUACAGCUUGUGUUACUUUGCCAUCCUACUAAGAAAGAGUUUGAGGUCGUCACACUGUGGUACCGGGCUCCAGAAGUCUUGCUCCAGUCCAGCUAUGCUACCCCCGUGGACCUCUGGAGUGUUGGCUGCAUAUUUGCAGAAAUGUUUCGUAGAAAGCCUCUUUUUCGUGGAAGUUCAGAUGUGGAUCAGCUAGGAAAAAUCUUGGAUGUAAUUGGACUCCCAGGAGAAGAGGACUGGCCUAGAGAUGUUGCCCUUCCCAGGCAGGCAUUUCAUUCCAAAUCUGCCCAACCCAUUGAGAAGUUUGUAACAGAUAUUGAUGAACUAGGCAAAGACCUACUUCUGAAGUGCUUGACAUUUAAUCCAGCCAAAAGAAUAUCUGCCUACAGUGCCCUGUCUCACCCAUACUUCCAAGACCUGGAGAGGUGCAAGGAAAACCUGGAUUCCCACCUGCCACCCAGCCAGAAUACCUCAGAGCUGAACACAGCCUGAGGUCCCCACGGCUGCCUUGAGCUGAUCAUCUGGAGAACACCCUUGGUGGCUGAUGGGUCCCCCUUGAGCAAGCCCUGCAGACCUGUUGAGAAUGGCUAUCUGGAGGCCUUCCAGCUGCCUUCUACUGGAUGGGCUCUGCUUCUCCAAGGAAACCACCUAGUUUACUGUUUUGAAAUCAAUGCAAGAGUGAUUGCAGCUUUAUGUUCAUUCGUUUGUCUGUUUGUCUGUCUGUUUCAAGAACCUGGAAAAAUUCCAGAAGAAGAGAAGCUGCUGACCAUUGUGCUGCCAUUUCAUUCUAACCUUGAAUGCUGCCAGUGUAGAGUGGGUGAUCCAGGCACAGCUGAGUUAUGAUGUAAUCGCUCUGCAGCUGACGGGCCUGAUUUGGUACUUUUGAGUGUGUGUGUUAGUAUGUGUGAGGGAGGUCCUGUGAUCUCUUAAAGUGUUACUUUCUGUAAACGACAAGAAUAAUUGAAUUUUAUAGACUCAACGUGACUGAUAAAUAACAGGCGCUUGUUCAUUGAAGGUGACUCACCAGAAUGGUCUUCUCAAAUUAGAAAGUUGAGCCUAUGUCCUUAGCAUUUCUUUCUGGCCAAAAGCUUUUGCUAGCAAUAAAAGAUGAAGUUUUAGGCACACAGCAAAAAGGAAGAAAAAAAAAGUUCUCGUAUCUUUUAAGAGACCUGUUUUUUAAAUCAUGCAUUCUAUUUUCUCUUUGAAAAGCUGAAUUUACUCCUUGUAAGUCCUUCUAUUUAGUAUCAUACUUUAUUGUUCUUUUGGAGAAUACCCUAUAAGCUUUUUAUUCCUUGCCUUAGAUUUAGGGAACAUACUUCAAGUAGAUUUUUUUUUAAAGGUAGAGAAAGCUUUUAUUUUCUGGGUUGAAAUUUCAUUAUUUUCUUUUUUGUUUUUUGUUGUUGUUGUUGUUACUUUGUUUUCUGUUUUAUUUUUAGGAAUUGGUCGGAAACUUUCCUGUUUGGAUUUGGAGAGUAGUUCUCUGUCUGGGGACAGUAAUGCCAUUUAAAUUUUCACCUAUUACACUGUACUUCCUAUGAAGCACUGCUGUGUUCUGCCUUGUUUGCAAAGUGUCCACCUCAUCCAUCUCUCACCACCCCUAGUAUAUACUGCUACCGUUAUAUAACUAAUACCAGGUUGUCGAAGCUGUUCCUUGCACUGCCUGCUUGCUUACUUUCUUUCAAUGAGCUUUUCAUAAAUGUGCAGUUUCCUGUUACAGUUUUUAGUUCCAUUUCUGCAACCCUGUUUGACUCUUCAUGUGUAAUCCUCCUACCUGCAGUCACAGAUGUUACCUAGGCAAUGAGUAGGCUACUUGUCCUGCUCUGUCACCAACACUUAGUGGAUCACUAGAAACUGUUACUUAGUGUUUUACAUUUUUGCAGACUAUAUUGUUAGUGUAGUAUCUGAGGGAAUGUCUUCAAGCUCUUUUUUAGAGAUACCUCUUUACUCUCUAAAAUGAUCUUUUUUUUUCUCCAUCCACUAUGCUGAGCUUGUUUCUUGUGCCUUGUUGUGCUCACUCCUGCCCUCUGCAGAGCCAGCCUGGCCUGGGCAUUGUAGCAGCUACACUUCAUCUCUUGCUGUCUUUAUAUUCCUACCACCUCUGCCUUAUAUUUAGUUUAGUGCUGAGCUGACACUAGUCACCAGAAGACACAGAAGGUAUCCUUUGGGAAGUUCAGCUGCCUGUGCUUUCUGAAUCGUGUUUUGAGUGCAUAUAGGAAAAAGCUAGAUCAUGUUUAGCUUUAGGACUUCCAAAGAAUAGCUGUUGCUUCACUCAGUAGAAAAUGUUUCAGAUGAUGUUUAUGCAUUGUCAGGCCCUCCGGAGUUACUCACAGCUUCAUAUUGCAUAUGACUAUCUAAAAUAGAGAAAUGUUAGAUGUCUCACCUUGAGGACUUCUGAGGUUGGGAACCAUUCUCUUUGGUAUGUACAUUGCUUCACAUUGUUCUAAUUCAGUAGCUUGUGGGACAGGGAUUUUUUUUCUAAAGCAAGAUAAAAAGUGAAGAUGGACCAUCAAAAUGUCUUGUUCUUCUUCACUGUGGCAGGAUUGGUAAUGUGUUGUCAGCAUUGUAAAUGCUGGAGACAGAAUGAAUCCAGAGCGUCCAGGGCAAGGUACAUGCAGAGUCUCUCCGGGAAAAUGAGCUCUGCCUUUCCUUUGAUCAAGAUUACAAGUACAAAGACUCUUUUGCCGGGGCCUAGAAAUAGAAUUUUAAAACUCACUGCACUGAUUUAUCAUGACUUUUUUGAUUAGCAUCCAUGUGGCAAAGUGAACAUAACUUUGAGGAUUUUUGCUUUUGCAAAAGUAUUUUCAUAACUUCACUCAAGAAAAAUGCAGCUGUUCUAAACUGGAAUUUAGCAUUCUUUAGAAUUUUAUACAAGUAGAGAGCUCAGUUUUUAUUUCUGUCAUCUGCUUUGGGCUUAUUCCUAAGUAGUGUUUAAAAAGGAAAAUGUAAGCACAAACAUACUGGCAUUAGAUACGUGGCACAUUAUCCUUUGGUGCAGAAGGCAGGUCCAUCGAAGCCGCUCUGAACUUGGCAAGUCUCUCCCUGGUUCUUCAUCCUUGUGGUAGUUAUGCUUGAGCAAUUGCUUUCUGGAUGUAUGUCCUUCCACCCAGGCUCCCCACUUCUGACAUCCAGAUCACCUGGCCUUGCCAUCUAAGCCCUUAGUAGCACACAGCAUAUAGAAGCAUAUGGUAGAAUGAGAACUUAGUGAACACGGCAUAUUCUUCAGUGCCAGAUGGAUUCAAAGAUCUUUGUCAGAAGCUAAACAGUGGUUAACUGAAAAGGUCCGCUGCCCCAGGUUCUGUCGGAAGCAGCUUAUAACAACUAAAGUGCCCCGGCAGAUUUGAAGACAUCUAGGACCAGUAUGAGAAUGUACCUGACAGCUUCUGUUUGGGGUUUGGUUCUGGCAGCCCAGACACUGGCACUGGGGUUGCUGCUGUGCAGGGUGAAAUUGGAGCAGCCUCUGCAUAACGAGAUAAAGAAACCUGUCCAUUGAGUCAGCAUAAGCUAUCGACAUGGUAAAGAGUAGUGAUGACCUAACUAAAAACACUGUUUCUGAGAGCUUGUAAAGGACCCAGUGGGUUGGAGCCUCCCACUUCGUCCUCUUUGAAGAUGUGGGCACUCAAGAGCAAAGAAUCUGUCUGGAUUAGCUCUGGGCCAUUUCAGCCCCCUGUAUUCUCACAACUUUCUCUCAGGAAGCACACACUGUGAAUGGCAGACUUUCCAUUUAGCCCCAGGUGACUUACUAAAAAUUGCUCAAGAUUAUUCACCUAAGAAUAGAAUCUCAGCAUGUUAAUUUUAAGAAAAAAUGAAAAUUUCAGAAUGCACAGGAUAUUGCUAUCUUAAAGCAUGUUGCUUUUAAUAGAAAAACAUUGUUUAACUCUAGAAUGUGGUAUAUCCAUUGUGCUGAGAAAACCAACAGUAGCAAACGUUUUGAACAUUAAAUUAUGUAUUUAAAUUGAUUUUUAAAUAACAAUAGCUGCUUCUCUUAAAAGUGGUGCCUAUUAAAGUCAGUAAUGGCAGUUAUUCCAAUAUGGAAAUUAAAUCAUGUAAACUUCCUAAUAUCAUAAAUAUACUAAAAUUCUUCUGUCCAAAGAAUUUCUUUUCUUUUA